AUGUCCGAAGACACCAACUCAAAGGUCAAACAUGACCCUCAGGACAACAAACAAACGGGUUCUGUACAUGAGACAUCUUCCGAAGGUUCUGGAUCAGAGUCGCGCGAAGCAAAAACGCCUUCUUCAGAAAAGGAAGAUAAAGAUGUCACAAGCGAGACUGAGCCUGAGCCUGAGCCUGAGCCUGAGACUAAGACUGAGACCGAAAUGAACAGGCCGCCCCUCGUCGAUGACAGUCAGACUGGGGAGGAAGAGGAAGAGGAGGGAUCAGAGUUGGACCCGACAGCACACGAAAAGGAUCAAGAACAACGACUGAGUUCUGAACCUACUCAUGAGAUGUAUCUCGAUUACCGGAAAGCCCGCUUGGAGUAUAACCAGAAGUGGUGGGGAGAGCAGCACCUAGAACCUCCCUUGAACCACCCGGACCGUCAACUGAUGUGGUCUCGGAACGAUCCAAUUUCCGACGAGGAAUUCAAGGAUGCAGUAAAAGGAUACAAUGACCACAUCAGCAACCCUGAGACAGGAAAAGCCGACCCACUCGGAGUUCAUCUUCGGUCCAGUACUCCUCCGAUGGAGAGGGCGAGAAAGCAAAUCAAACGUCUGAAGGAUGAUGGACAAGACGUUCCUACUGCAUUGGUUAAGGAGAUCUUUCACCAUUAUACCUUGAACAGCGGGACUUUUCCUGCUCUCAUGGAGUGGUCCAGGGACGAGAAGACCAUUCCCGUUGAGCUCGCCAAUGAGUUCGUCAAGAUGAUAGAUCGACUUAAACUCGAGAUGGCCAGUCAACUCCGCGAUGUGAACAAGAAACUGGACGAUGCCAACAAGGAGAAAGGUGAAGCAAAAAAGCUUAACGACACGCAGGAGAAGUUUCUCGAGUCAAGAGAUCUUGAAGUGGCCAGACUCGAAAAAGAGCUUCGAGGUGGGGAGGGAAUUUCUCAUACAAGGAGGAAAAGUGAUGUAGAGAACCAGAGCAAAGGCUCUCAGGCUCCAUUACUUCUCGAGAUUGGCCAGCUUCGCUACAAGAACUCCCAAACUGUGAAGGAAAGCUCCGAAAAAGAGCUUGAAUACAAGAAAGAAAUUGCAGUUCUCGAGGAACAGCUACACAUGGCUGAAGUGGAGACUGUAAUUCUCAAAGCAAGGCUAGAUAGUGGUAAGUAUGCUUCAUCAACUGUUCUUGAUAACGGCAUUGACGCAAAAGCAGAAAGCCAGGCCGCGGACAAUGAGCUCUCAGAACAAGUAGAGUUUCUUAAGAGCCAAGUUGAAGUAGGCCAGAGGUGCCACGAAAAGGCCGAGAAGGAUUGCGAAACACACCAAGAAGAGUGCAAAAUAGAACGACAAGGCCGCGAGGAACUGAAACAAGAGGUCGACAAGUACAAGCAUUUCCACCAAGAGAUUUACAAGCAACUAGACAAACACGCCAGAACUUGGGCCAGAGCUUGGGAAUCAGCUAACAAAGAAACUGUCGGCUCAGUCCUAAACGAGGACAAAGAGGCACUGGAGCCGGCCCUUCUGAUGAUUCGAGAAGCCUCCAAGCAUUGGGAACAGCUGAAGAAGAACUAUGAGACAGACUGGCCGCCUAACAAGGAGUCUAUGGACAGAGGAAAGCUCGGUAGAGACUGGAUCGUGUUGAUAGCAUUGAAAAUCUCGGCAGACGAGCUGGAAGCUAAUAUUGAGCGGAACUUUCAACUGCGGGAUCGCCUCAACCAGCAGCUAAAAGACAACGAAAAUGAAAAGGCUGAGCUGGAAAAGGCUCAGAAGGCACCGGUGCAAGACAGGCCCCCAAAAGAGGAGUUUAGCGAGUAUUAUGAGGUGCCACCGCUCACGGGCUUCCAAAUACCACGAACUCCAGUGGCUGUUGGAGGAAAUUCACUUGAUCAAGGUAUACUAUCACCAGCUUCGACCAAGGGAUGGCUGGAUGUCGAGAUCAAAAGACUGGAGCAGAUGAAAUUCAGCCUUGACAAGACCAUCGCGGAAAAAGACGAGAAAAUGAAGCAACUGGAACGCGAUAUUAACGACAAGGGGGGUCCUCAAGCUGAGGUCAUGACAUUACAAGACCAGAACUCAACACUUGCUAAGGACAUACUCGACAAGAACAAUGAAAUAAAUUCGCUCAAAAGAGAACUCCAAGCAUGCAGAGAUGCUGAAGAAGCCAACAACAAGCCAGAGAGAUCUGUGAAGAAGGAAGAAAAGAGCCCCAGGUCGGACAAGGAGACAACCGAAGAGCUUGAAGCACGGCUGAAAACACAAGACGAAGAGAUUAAAACGUCCAACAAUCUCAAGGAACAACUGCACGAGCUCAGAGAGAGGAUCUCAACUCUUGAGAGCGAAGUCAUCAUCAACCAGGAUGCCGUGACUACCAUGGAGAAAGUCAACUACACCACGGCCGACACCUUGGUCCACGCUGUUGGAAUCCGCCCUGAUGGUUCCAACAGCAUAGAUAAGUUGAGCCUCAUGGACCGCAUCAACUAUCUCAACCUUCUCUGCUUCUUCCGCACUCGCAAUUACAUCCAGUUGGCUCUACGCCAGGGUGCCAACACCUUGGCAAAUAUCAUGCUGACCGAUGCUAUGAAUUGGGUUGAAUUCUGCAACGAAGAUUUCAAAAGGAUGGAUCCAAGCGUCAGCGGCCAGAUCAACGCCUCGAUGCGUAUCCUCCACGGCGUUAGGAGGAUCUUUACUGCCAAGGACCAAGAAAACCUAGAUAGAGGUCGAAGACACGUCAGUGCCGGGCACAUAAAGCUCGAAAAGUUCGAGCACAGCGUUGCUUUCGAGCAGUUUAUGAAACUAGCUGAAGCUAUUAUCAAAACUACUCAGGACACAGACGGCAAUCCGCUGUACGGACGAACUCUUCGGUUCAGGGCUCAUACAGGCCUUCGACUAGAGAGGAGGAUGAAUAUGGAGAAGGCGCGAAAGGUGCUCAAAAGGGAUGAUGCUAUGAAGGCUGGGGCCUUACGCACUGGCUUUCAUUCUCCUUUGUCGCCCGAGAAUUGGAGAGACGAUCCUGAUGCGGGCUUUGAAUCGGAAGAGACGAGUGUGUAA